UAAAUACUGUAAACGUUUUGUUAGAAGCCAUCAUUUGGGUUCAACACAUCGAUAGUGCUGACUUCAUUAUAGUUUUAUUGAGAAAUUAAAUCAAGGGUAAAAGAAAAUAAAUUCUCAAAAAUGAAACUCUUCGUGGUUGCGUGUUUGGUUGCUUUUGUAGCGUUUACUGCCGCUGAAACAGCUGUAAAUGAUGUUGCCAUCGAUGUGGCUGCUGAGCCAUCAAGAGAAUAUUUGGCACCAGUAGAAGAUAAUGCUGAUUUAGCUAAGGAUGGCUAUCGUUAUAAAACAGUACGCAGAUUGAAGUACCGCCACCGUCGUGAUGUUUCUCAAGAAUACUUGCCACCAUUAGAGACACCUAGCCAAGAAUAUUUGCCACCAGUAGAACCAGAGACUAAAGUAGCUGAAGAUGGUUAUCGUUACAAGACUGUACGUCGUCUUAAGUUCCGUCGUCAUCGUCGUGAGGCUGAUGCUUCUGAAGUUGCAGCUGCCGAAGCUCCUGCCAAUGAAUACCUUCCACCAGCUGAAGCACCAGCAGAAGAAGCUCCAGUAGAACAAAAAUCUGCUGAAUUGGGUGCUGAUGGCUAUCGUUACAAGACUGUUCGUAGAAUCAGAUACCGUUAUCGUCAUUAAAUUAUGCAUACGAUAUGUUGAUAUUGACAAGGAAUUCGGACCAAAUUAUGCCUACCAGUACAUUGACCAUACGAGUCUAUUUCUCUUUUAGUUUUUUAAAUUCG